UCUGCUGCUUAUAGAGCGUGAGAGGAAAGAGGGGGGAGUAGCCGCGCUCACAGCGUUCAUUCUUGCUCAACACCUCAGCAUUCUGCACAUCAGUGUUACUCUGCGCGCUUUGAAGAGCGCAGCUUCUCAUAGCAGGCAGAGAUAAUGACCAGAGUGGCAGCGGCAGAUCGAAGAGGACUCAUCAGAGAACUAGGUUCACUUCAUUCUGCUCCUAUUUAUGCAUCUGAACGUACGACAUCAGGACAUAAGGAGGAGACCUGGAACUUUCUAAGUCGUCUUUUUGUUUAGGGAUCUUUUUGUACUGACUCAACUCAAAGGAAAGUCAAAUGACAAUUUGUUCAAAUACAAGUAGGUAGGGCUGAGAAUCACAACGCCAUGAUGAUCUCCGAUUCCACGACCCCGAACACCCUGAACACCUCAAAUGCGUGUAACACCAGCGAACUGGUGGACGACAAAAUGCUCCAGACGCCACUGGCUGUGCUUUACUCCAUCAUCUUCAUCCUGGGUCUCACCGGGAACCUGGUGGCUCUCUGGGUUUUCUUCUUCGUUCACUCCAAGAAGAACUCCCUACAGGUCUUCCUCAUGAACCUGUCGUUUGCGGACCUGCUGCUGGCCGUCUGUUUGCCGUUCAGGAUCCAGUACCACCUCCAGCAGGACAAGUGGGAGCUAGGGCAAACAAUGUGCAAGCUAGUGGGCUACCUCUUCUACAUGAACAUGUAUGUCAGCAUCACGCUACUGGGGCUGAUCAGCAUCGACCGCUACCUGAAGAUCUACGGCAGCGCAGGUACUCGCCGUAAGAUGCGCUCCCCGAAGUGGAGCAUCGUUGUCUGCGCCGUCAUUUGGGUGGUGGCCCUGGCUCUCAUGAUCCCAUUUGUCCUUAAAAGCAAUGACAAAUGUGUCGAUACAACAAAGUGUUUCCAGUACAGGACAAUUCCGCAGAAAGACAUGCUGAAAGCACACAUCAACAUCUUUGUGCUGGUUGUCUUCUGGUUGGUCUUCGUCUCUCUGGUGUUGUCCUACGGAAAGAUCGCCCUGAAACUCCUGCGGAGGUCGCAGCAGAGACCGGACCUGCCCACAGCGCCGCACUAUAGUCGAGUCGCCCGCAAGUCCUUCUUUGUCCUGUUUCUGUUCGUCGUCUGCUUCGUCCCCUAUCACGUCUUCCGGGGUUUUUACAUAAAAACCCAGAUCACCGAGGAGACCUUGGAAACGCGCAACCUGGCCGACAAGUUCAACGAGAUUUCGCUGGUGUUUUCCGCUCUCAACAGCUGCCUGGACCCCGUCAUGUUCUUCCUGCUGUCCGCCUCUGUGAGGAAGGAGGUGCGGCGCUUCAUGACGAGUGUGUUACGCACCCGAGACGUCGGCGGGACCAGCGCUGCUAACUCCAGCACUGAACUGGACAGCAGGAGCGACAAGAGACAGUCGAAUGCCCUCGACAAUGUGAGCGAGAAAAAAUAUGUUUUAUCAAGCUCCAGCUGAGCUGCAGAAUAAGCAGAACCAGAGACUUUACUGGGAUUCCCAGGUUUUGUCUUCAACUUUGAAAAAUUCAAUGUGGGGACUGACGGACGAGGCAACAAAGUUUCCCCCCCGUGUAUCAUAAGCCUGGCAGGUCGCCAGACUUUACUUGUCCCCCCCACCAGACUGAGCAUCAUUUAUUUAUUUGAAAUAGGGUUUGUUAUAUGCCAAUAACAGUGACAUUAAAGACAGAUAAAGUUCUACAGUCGAUGCAUUGAACUGGGCGACCACCGGCACCUGCCUGUUGGCCUCACACACUAUUAUUUCCAACUUAUGAUCCCUGCUUGUGAACCUCACAAUUUUUGUAUCUUUUAAAAAUUUUUAAACACAAAAACAUGUUGGGUUGCUGGUGGACUGACCUGGUGCCCCUACCAUCGGGUUUAGAAUGUUUUCUGGAUGAAACUCAGCAGGUAACCAAAAAUAUUAGCACAAUUUAUGCAUUUAAUACUAGUAUAUCUAUUUAUAUGCAUAUAUUUAGGGAAGGUGCAUGAUGUAAUGUGUCUUGCAAAACUAUUUACACCCCUUGACUUUCACAAUUCAUCACAUUACAAAUGCAAAAUUAAAUGUAUUGUAUUUGGAUUUUAUGUUUCAGACGUACGGGUGCGUUUAAUAGCCGGAGGCACAAAUUCAGGUGCAGAAUCUCGUUAAAACAAAAAGCUUCUCGUUGAUACAUAAUGAGAUUUACAUGUCGUUAAAACUAAAAUAUGCUCUCUUUUAAACGAGAAAGUUUGUACCAGUCAAGUUUGUACCGCCAGAUAUUUAAGAGAAACAGAGUGAGAAGAUGGAGUCAGAGGGAGAUCCUAAGUCAUAAUCUGUCAGAGAAACAUAUUUUUAUGCUUUACUGUAGCAAAACUUUGUCGUUACAACAAGAUACUUCUGAAUUUAUGCCCCAGCUCUGGCAGGUGAACACUUCCACACAGACCAACACAAAGCAGUGCACAAAUGUGGAGUGAAGUGAAAAAGAGUCACGGUUUUCCAUUCAUCCAUAAUCUAUACUCGUUUAUUCUUGGGGGGUCGUCAAGGCAGGGCGAGUUUUACUCCUUUUUAAAUAAAAAUGUGAAAAUGUGGAGUACAUUUAUACUAAACCCUCUUGACCAGGGGUGCUCAAUACGUCGAUCGCGGAAAGGUUUUGAGUCGAUCUCGGCAGGUGACAAACUGAACGCCGU